CCUUCCGCUUUUCGCCUCGUGUUCUUGCGUGCCCUGCCGAUCUGCGCAGCUGGGCGGGGCCUAAUCAUACGCUUCUCACACUUUCCGUCCCAAGCCCCAUCCUGGGGAGAGUAAAAAAGGGCUAGAUAUACAGUGAAAGGGCGAAGGGAAAAUUGAAGUGGGGAACAGGGAAGUGGCGUGAGUGUUCACGGAGUUCUUGGGCGGCGAUCGAUCGAUGCGGGGGGCAUUCCUCCGUGCAAUGGUUUAAUCCCAGUCGCAGGUUAGCAAUCUUCAGCUCAGAUUUCUCCGUGUAGCUUCCUGCAACCAAUGGUUAUUGAUGAAACCUACAUAUAGUGGUUGCCAGCCAAAUUUUGAUCUUUCAAACAGUUGAUGGUUAUGGACCGUGCGAGUUGGCUCUGGAAGCGCAAGUCGUCGGAUAAUAGUCCCGCAGCAAGCGAAAGCUCUGUGCCUGUGUCUUCGCAUUCUGAGCGCUGCUCAAGUGAUCAGGAGGUUCUGAGGCCUGUCUCAAACAAUGCCUCACCACAUAGUGGCCAAUCACCCAAAGUCUCUUCAAGGAUUAGGCCUGACGAGACCCAAGAAACGGGAGUACCAAAAUCCUUGAAUGAAAAGCUAGCAUCAAGAGUUAAUUUAAAUGAUCGUUCUCCACAUCAUGCUGAAUCACUAGAACAACACUUAUCCUCAAGUGCUAGAGAUGAAGAGACCAGGGAGACAGUGAAGAGUUUAAAUGAGAAACUUGCUGCUGCACUUUUGACUAUCAGUGAUAAAGAGGAUCUGGUUAAGCAGCACGCUAAAGUCACAGAAGAGGCUGUUGCAGGUUGGGAACAAGCUGAAGCAGAAGCUACUGCCCUCAAGAGGUUACUUGAAGCUGCUGCUCAGAGGAAUGUUUAUCUCGAGGAUCAAGUCAGCCACCUAGACAAGGCCCUCAAGGAAUGUGUCAGGCAGCUGCGCCUGGCACGGGAAGAACAAGAGGAGAAAAUAAGAGAUAUACUUACCAAGAAGUCUCAGGAGGUGGAGUCUGAGAAAUCCAAGCUCCAAAGCCAUAUUGCUGAGCUAGAGAAGCAGCUGGAUGCAACCAAAUCAGAAGCUUUCACCAUGUCUGCACAACCUGAUCUACAAGAAAAGCUUCAAACAGUUGAGAAAGAGAACUUGGAUCUCAAAGCCAAACUCCUUGUACAGUCCAAGGACCUGAAGAUACUCUCACUGGAAAAAGACUUGAGCAAUCAAGCAGCAGAGACAGCUAGCAAGCAGCACUUGGAAAGUGUAAAAAAGAUAGCGAGAGUUGAGGCAGAAUGCCGCAGGUUACAUCAUCUAACUCAGAAAACAGCAUUGGUCAUCGAUUCUAGGCCUCUGCCAAGCAAUGCUUGUGUGGAAUCACUAACUGACAGCCACUCUGACAGUGCGGAACGUAUGGUUGCUGUUGAUAAUGAACUGCGGAACUCUGACUCAUGGGCAUCAGCUCUGAUUGCUGAGCUUGAUCAGUUCAGAAAUGGGAAGGCUAGUACAAGAGACGUCACAAACAAUCCUGUUGAGAUCGACCUAAUGGAUGAUUUCCUCGAGAUGGAAAGGUUGGCUGCAUUGCCUGAAUCUGAUCAGACAAGCUCUACCUUCGAUAUGGAAACAGAUUCCGAUAAGGCUGUGACGAGAAACAACUCUUCUAAACUUGAGAAUCAAGAGUUGCGGCAUCAUGUGGCAGAUUUGCAGGCAGAGGUUGAAAAAUCUGAAAGCGAGAAGAGGGAGCUUGAGACGGCCCUGAUCGAGGCUAGAAAUCAGCUUGACAUUUCCUGUGAUGCACUAGUGGCAGCAAGGAACAGACUGGUUGAAAUGCAAAUGCAGUUGGAUUUGGUGAAUGACUCCAAAUAUGCUGCUCUGGGUGAUGUGGAGCGAUUGGAUUCAGAGAAGAAAGCUUUGGAGAUUCAACUGGAGUCGAAAUCUGUAGAAGCGGAGGAACUACAUGCUGUUGUGGCUUCUUUGGGAGAAAAUGUAGAAAUGAAGGAAUGCGAGUCACAAAUGGAACUGCUGUCAGCACAAGCUGCAGAGCUUCGUCUGACCGUGGCAUCAUUGGAAGAGAGGAUUGAAGCUGAGGCAUCUCUCUCUGUGCAGCACAAAGCAAAAGCAGAUGCUACACGGAAUGCUCAAGAAUUGUUGGAGACACAGCUAUGUUCAGCAAAUACAGAAGUAGGGAAGCUGCGUGACAUCGUCAAAGCACUAGAGAAUGAGGUGGAAAAAGAGAAGGCAUUGUGUGAAGAACUUUCAGCACAAUCAGUGGUGAAGAUUGAAGCAGCUGUUGAGGCUGUCAAGGAACCAUUGGAAGCACAGUUGUGUUCAGCAAACACUGAAGUAGAGAAACUGCAUGGCAUUGUUGAAGAAUUAGAGAAUGGACUAGAAAAGGAGAAGGCACUCCAUGAAGAACUGACAGCACAGUUAGAGAUGAAGAUUGAGGUUGAGAGAACUUCUGUUGAAGCUGUUAAGGAAUCAUGGGAGGCACAGCUAGGUUCAGCAAAUAAUGAGGUAGCGAAGCUGCGUGAUAUUGUUGAAGCACUAGAAAAUGAGGCAGAGAAAGAGAAGGCACUGCAUCAAACACAGGCAGACACAGAGAGAGAUCUUACUGUGCAAUCUGUUAAAGAAUCGUUAGAGGCAGAACUCCAGUUAGUGAACUCGGAGGUCGUGAAAUUGCGUGAUAUGGUGAGUGCACUUGAGCAUGAGGUGGUAAAGGAAAAGGAGUUUUCUGCAGAGGUUCAGAUGCAGCUAGAAGCCAUAGAAGCGAUAAAAAAGAUGUUGGAGUCUGAGGUUGAAUCUGCAUAUCAGGAUACAAGAAAGCUCAAUGAGAAGGUAGAGCUAUUCGAAGCAAAACUUAAGGAACAGACUUCAUCAGCAGCGGAGUUCACUGCCAAGGCAGAGGCUGUCCAGUCAGAGAGAAUGGCAAUGGAGCAUCAACUUCAAGCAGCAAAGGUCGAAGUUCUAAAUCUAAGAAACAUGGUGAGCUUGCUUGAAGAUGAGAUUGUGCAUGAGAGGUUGCUGUCAGGUGAUUUUGAACAGAAAUGCCGAAAUCUUGAGGCUCAGUUGUCUAGGAAUGCUCGCGAUGCAAAGCUCUGGCGACUCGCAAACUCAAAUGGAGAUCUGAAGGUCAAGCAGGAGAAGGAGCUAGCGAAUGCAGCUGGGAAGUUUGCCGAGUGCCAGAAGACCAUCGCCUCCCUUGGACGUCAGUUGAAAUCACUGACGGAGUUUGACAAUGUGGUGCUGGAGCCUGAAUUGCUAGAACCCAUGGAUGUACCACUAGACUUCAGAACCGGCGAUGCUGGUGGCCACAUUCAGAAACGAAACAGCGGUGCUGACUUUGCGGUCUUCGCUGAUGAACUAUAUGAUCUUGACCUUACAAGUGGCGACAGGAGUUGCUUUUCGCCAAUCCCAUCGAUCCAACCCUCGUCACCCCCUCCCUCGGAAAUGUCGGUGUUUGCAGGGGGGCUCUCGUCGCUUAGUAGUUACAGGAACAAGAGGAGAAAGUUAUUCACCAAGAAAUUACCACCCGUCUCCCUACUCCUCGUUGUCGUCGUCCUCCUCUGCUCUUGCCUCAUCGCCAUAUAUAAGCCCCAAAUUUCUCGGGCUCAUCUAUCUAAUCGGGAAUUCAGGAUUCACUCAUCAGAGUUUCAGACAGACAGACAGACAGACAGACAGUGCACUCUUCCUUCUUCUUUGUUCUUGCCACCAUCUUUCUUAUCCAUGGGUAUCUUCGGCUCGGCGGCGAAGGUGUACCGGCCGGCGGCGGAGGUCGACCUCGGCCCCGGCAGCGCCGAGCACUACAUCAGCCCCAACGUCAAAGCUCCUCGAGUGGCCGGGCUGCUGGUGAAGAUCUUCGGGUGGGUCCUGGAGUUGCCGGUCGUCGGAUGGUUCCUGCUCUACAUACUCAAGAAGGAUAAUCUCAUCAACAAGCUUGUCUCGGAGGCCGAGAUCCCUGAGCCGCCACUGUUCACUUCAACCCACAGCUGGGAAGACACGCCGGAGCAGAAUGUGUGCCUGACGAAGCCGGACCUGUCGCCGGCGGAGCGCGUCCGGGAGGCCGUCGGCUGCCUCCCGGCACGCCUCGAGUCGACGCUUGGCGCCGGGCCGGCCCUGAAACGCUGGACGAUCAUGGACUUCCACAGGGCCUACAGCUCCGGAGAGACCACGCCUGUGCAGGUGGCCAAGAGGUUCCUUGCUGCAGUGAAGGAGAGCUCAGGCCCUACCUUGAACAUGGCAUUCUUCAUCAGCUGCAAUCCUGAAGACGUCUUGAAGCAGGCUGAAGAAUCCACCCUCAGAUACCAGAAAGGUGCGGCGCUGUCUGCGUUGGACGGCGUGCUGGUGGCCGUGAAGGACGAGAUCGACUGCAUGCCCUACCCCACAACAGGCGGGACGCGUUGGCUGGGGAAUGCCCGGCCGUGCGCGGCGGACGCGGCGUGCGUGGCCCCGCUCCGGGCCUGCGGCGCCGUCCUGGCCGGCAAGGCCAACAUGCACGAGCUCGGCGCCGGCACCAGCGGCAUCAACCCACACCACGGGUCGGCGAGGAACCCGUACGACGCCGGGAAGGUGGCGGGGGGAUCGUCGAGCGGCUCGGCGGCCGUCGUGUGCGCGGGGCUCUGCCCGGUGGCGCUCGGCGUCGACGGCGGGGGAUCCGUCCGGAUGCCCGCGGCGCUCUGCGGCGUCGUCGGCUUCAAGCCCACCGCCGGCAGGCUCUCCAGCGCCGGGGUUCUGCCGUUGAAUUGGACGGUCGGGAUGGCCGGGAUCCUCGCGGGGACCGUGGAGGACGCCCUCGUCGCUUACUCUGCCAUCGUCGAUCACUCCCAGCCAUCUUACAUGCGGCCUGAGCUGAACCUGCCUAUGUUGACGUCCACGCCUUCGAUCAGCAACGUCAAGCUAGCAAAAUACGCAAAGUGGUUUAACGACAGUUCGGACGACAUCAGAUCCUGCUGCGACAAGGCUCUCCAGACGCUGCGCACGCACUACGGCUGGGAGACUCUGGACGUAACGGUGCCCGAGAUUGAGGAGAUGCGGCUGGCGCACUACGUCACCAUCGGCUCCGAGUGCACCGCCUCGCUCGCCAAGUACCUUGACAAACUGAAGAGAUCGGAGAUCGGGUGGGACGUCAGGGUGGCGCUGGCCGUCUACGGCUCAUUCAGCAGCAGAGCUUACCUCAACUCGCAACGAAUUCGGAACCGUCAGAUGUUCUUCCACAAGGAGAUCUUCAAGACGGCGGAUGUCAUCGUGUCACCGAUGACCGGCGUGACGGCCUACACACUGCAAGAUGAUGCGCUACAAAGCGGUGAGCUUGACUACAUAAACGGAGCUGCGUUGAUCCGGUACUCGAUAGCGGGGAACUUCCUCGGUUUGCCGGCAAUAACCGUCAUGGUUGGACAAGAUAAGGGCGGGCUGCCCAUUGGUCUUCAGUUCAUCGGCAGGCCGUGGUCCGAAGCGACUCUUCUCCACAUCGCAUUCGCAAUGCAGGAAGCAUGCAGCAAAAACCACAGAAAGCCUGCGGUGUUCUACGAUCUCCUCAAGAAAGACUGAGAGACUGACCAGGAACCGCGGCAGACACCAUUGCAGCGAAGAGAGAGCACUGGCAACAUCGAUGUGAGGGAAAUGCAGCAGAUUGUUGCAGCGACUAAAGAAGGCAGCUUACCUUGAGUUUGAAAUUUGAAUACCCUGUAAUGUUCUUCCAUUUGUGUAAGGUACAGGAUCCCUGCAAUGUUCUCCCAUUUGUGUAAGGUACAGGAUCUGGAUGAAAGGAAGCAAAAUAGCUCGAGUUUAGUAGGAGCAGUUUAGGCUCAGGAAAUUCGGUGUGAACAGUAAUUAAAUUAUUGGUGUGCUGUAAAAAUUAAUUUCGUAUGUAUUGAGGUGUUUCAUGAAAGUGUCGUUUUACUUUUGGCAA